AUGGAAUGGUCUCCUCAAGAUGCAAUGAAAGCUUAUCUGCAGACUCUUCAUCUUGUAAGGGAUCCUAACCCUGCUGAAACCGCAGGAGUCGUGGAACCUCAGUGCUUGGAGUUCAUAUCAGCCUUGGCAGCAGGAAAACGAGCUAAACUAAUCGUGGAAAUCACAACACAAGGCGUAACGCCAUUGACGGUUGCACUCGGUGUGGCCGCAAAGCAGAGUGGAGGCCAACUUAUUUGCAUUCUUGUCGAUGAUGAUGGUGAUGAGGAUGAUCAUCGCCAGGUCGAUGCUGGGUCGACGACGACUGGCCUUGACCAUGUGAUAAAGUUGGUGCGUGGAAUAAGUCCUUGCGAGAUGCUCAUGCAACUGAACAACAUCGACUUUGCAGUAAUCGACUGCAAGUUCCAUGGUUACUUGAAACUGUUUAGAGAAGUUGACGUCAACCCAAGCGCCUCCACUGUAAUAGUUCACAAUCUUCAUCGAACCAAAGCUGGAGUUUCAUUUGCUCAAAUUGUUAACAGAACCAAAGGAGUAGAAUCUGUAACUCUGCCUGUAGGAGAAGGAAUUGAGUUGACACGAAUAGGCUUAGGAUCCUCAUCCACUGUUAAACGCGGUAGGAGACAAUAG